UAUAUUGUUACUUCAUUUGUUGUUUAUUCUGGCAAAUAAACGUUUCAGUAACAUUUGUGAAGUUGAUAUAUCUUCAGAGCUACAGAUCUAUUUUAGACUGAGAUCCAACAACUUUCACUGUCAGUUUAGUGUUCCAGCUUGUUUUUCAUGCAGACAUAUCACAUAACAAACCUCUACACACACACACACACGGUCACUUUUGUUGCCUGGGAACUUGAUCCAGCUGCUGUAACUGCAGUAAUCAUCUGUAUAAUUCAUCAGUUCACACUGGUGAAAAUAUGGAGAAGGACUGUGUUGCCGGUCUGUAUCGGUCUCUGGGUGUCUCUAUCGGGGCAGAGUUUUCCACUGAAGAUGUGUGUCUCCUCUUCCACAAAGUUUUCCACGUGCCCUCCGACACAAACGAAGCGCACAUGGCCAUGAAGACAAUAGCAGGAGGUGACAGCAGCUGGUCAUGUGUUGGUGAAAAGGUGUUAGAUGUUCUUCUAGAAAUGGAGAUGGAAAGAGAAAGGAAGGAAAAGCUUUACUGGGACCACCAGGUGUUACAUGCAGGGAGAGUCCAUCCUCUACAUGAGACGGAUACGAAUAUUGUCAUUAAUCCUUGCAGACUAAAUGAUACAGAUGCACAAUCUGACAAAAAAUGUGUCGGUCCACUAAAUUCAGGAUGUGUACAGUCAUGCAUCAAUACAGGCAGCUCACAGGAGGAGUUAAAAACAGGGAAACUGGGGCAGCAGAGGACAGCAAGAGCUGUACGUAGGCUCAGAAAGGCAGCCAGGGAGUGCUGGGCCAGACUUGUAACAGAAGGUGUACAAAGCAUGUUGCCCUCUACAAUGCAGGGCCCCAGACUGGGGGUCAGAGGUCAAGCCUGGGGUUGUGUGUCCUUGUCACAUGUCCUCCUCUUGGUGGAAAUAAAGUAUGAUGUAGUGACCCAUAUGCUUUAUUCAGAGAUGCUUCAGGAACAUUACACUUUUAAUGUCUGGAGGUCCCUGCAGCCAUGGCAGCAAGAUGAUGAAAAGGCAGCGCUGGAGGAUUUGGCAGAGGAAGCUUUGGAGUCUUGUGACAUGCUCCGUUUAUCUGAGCUGCCAGGAGCAUUCAGAAUGUACAGGAUCUGUGAGUUUCCAUCUUCUGAAAGCUGUGUUGAGUCCAGAGAAAAGUUGUGUUCGGCCGUUUCUCUCCUGCAUCAGGUGCGCACAUCUCUUCAACAAGAAAGGGACGCACUGACCACCCUCAGUGACAGGCUGGACAGUGAAACCCUAAAACUACUGUGUUUGUACAUCAAGCUGGCAACUCUCAGAGCUCAGAGAGAGAAAACGUCCCACAGUGCUUUUCUGGCUGGUCAGCAAUGCUUUGAGACAUGGCCACAUGUGAACAGCCCGUGCAGAGCAGAACAGGCUGCUUACUGGCUGCGAGCUAAAGACGAAGAAGAAAAGAAAGAGUUUAUUUCAGCAUCACCACAGCAGCAGGCAGUGCUACAGUUGCUGGUGCUGAUGCAGGAGCAGGAGAGGAAGUGCCUGCUCAGUCUGGUACACGAGAUCUCCCCAGAGAACCUGUGGGGACCAGGUGGCACACUGCCUCUGGAGGGAGAAGACAGAAGUCACAAGCAGACUGCUUUAAGAAAUGGCUGCAUAAAAAGGCUGAAAGAAAUCCAUGAAGUCAUGUGCACUCAUAGGUUCUCAGAGCAGCCCUCCCUUCUGCCAAAACCAGAGUCACAGCCCAAAAUACAGCCCAACGCCUUCACAGGAAACACACUGAGUGUAUCAGCCAAAUUUCACCUGGAGGAACAUUCUCUGCUCCUCCUGAUCCAUCUGAUGGAGCUCCAGGAGGUCCAGCAUUCUACAUUACUGCCAAUCCUGCUGGACGCGAGUGCAACACAUCUACAAACUCUGCAGGAUGACUACAAGUCUCAACUUCAAACAAAGCACUUCAACAACCUUCUCCAGCUGCUGAUUGCAGAUGCCCCAUUCACCUCAGCCUCCCUCUGUAAUGCGUGUUCGAUUUUAUGCCAAAAAAGCAGCAAAGAUCAAGCUACAUGUCAGUCCUCCUGCAUUGGGCCGGAUGAAUGCCAUAUUGGCGUUGCUUGGGCAGUUGAAUCUCUGAAUAACAGCUUGGAUGAGUCAGUCAGGCCAAGGGGAGAACUAUGUGUAGUACAAGAUGAGGAUGCGCUGGGUGAAGAGGACGUCUGCGCAGGUGGUUGUGCAGUCACAGAGGAGCUGCCGUACUUGGAGAUUUUAUGUGUAUCAGAAUCAACAAGAGGUCGUCAAGAUGGCCUAAAUGUAUCAGGAGGGAGCCAGGAGGAAGAAGACGGCAGCCCGGCGAAAUGCACCCAGAACUACGAGAAGCAGGGUUCUUUGAUCACGCUGGCAUGGAGAAAACUAGAUGAUCAUUCUGACAAUAAGGCUGAAUCUGCAGGUGGACUCACAGCACAAAGUGGCGAUACAGUCACAGAUAUACAGAGCACUGCUGCACAAACACAGCGUGGAGAAACCGCUGGACAGAGCUGCAAAGAAGUGCAAGUGUUGGAUCCCUCUCUUAUCCAAUCCAGAUCCACAGAGCUCCCAACAACACAGUCUGCAGACCAGAGUGUUUCCCUUGAGGAGCGAGAAAUAACUGAUCAACAGGACAAAGGAGGUCAAUGUGAACAUGAGACAUUACAGAUGGAACCACCACAUGUCUCGGUUGACUCUCCUGAGAUGAAGCAGCACACUGAUGACUUCUGUUUCGAAACAUCCAAUGACACGACUAACGACGUAACUGAGGUGGAGAUCCAUCAUACCGAGACAGAAUCUGAGCCUGAAUGCUCCUCACCAGCUACAACGUGUGUAAGGUGUAGCUUCUCAGAGAGGGAGACAGUGAGAGAAAAUACAGUGUUGGAAAGAGAUCCAACAAUAGAACUGGUGUCUGCGGUGGAGAGAGAGAGGACAAUGCGCAAUCUGGUGGACAUGCAAAAGAAGGUUGAACAGAGACAUCAGAGAGACAGAGAGCGGCAGCUGCUCAGGGUUCAGGAACGUCUGACAAUCAUCCAAAACAGAAAGGCAGAGGAGGAUCUGCUUGGACUGAAACACAGGGACAGGACGAGGCACGUCACAGACAACCUGCCACAGGUGGACAAGAACCAGCAGAAGACUGUUGUCCGGGAACGACUGGAGCAGCUAAGAAGAGAACGUUCGUAUGUCAUGCAGUCCAAAAGAGACAAGAACACGGCAGGAUUUAAAGAGCUCCUGGGUCCUGUGGCCCUGCAUAGCAGAGGAACAGACAGCGGGGCAGAAUGAACACUAACUCCUCAUGUGUUCUCCAUGUGGUUCAAAAGUUUACAACUUGGCCACAUAUUCAUCAAAGCACUGUGCGGAGAGCAG